UGCUUGGAAAAUGGCUUUCGGUGACUGAUAAAAUUUUUUUAUCUCAGUACAAUAGUGUUUUGUGAUAACGUCUUGGGAGAGUAAACAAGAAAAUCCGUACAUUGGGAACCAAGUCCAGCGCACUUGUCUCGCGAUACUCCGCCACCUCGUAGAUUCUCAUCUGCGCGAAAACGAAACCGUCGGGGCAAAUCCGUUGAAAUGAGAAGGGUUACCGUCGUAGACGGUAGACGGUUUACCACUGGCGAGAUAAUUUACGAACGUAGUCUGAAAAUCAAGCAUUUCUGCGAUGCGAGAAUGAAAAAGCCGCUUAGUUGGUAUCAAUAAACACGAUCCGGGACAUUGAUCCGUCAAAGAUAACGCAAUCUGGAAAAAAGGUAAAUCCGUCAGAAAGACCCUGUGUCGGAGAUGGCGACCAGCAGUCCCGGACAAUCGAUCCAUCUCAAGUCUCCGAGGAGUCCGCGACAGCUGCCGGCGCUCCCUCGCCUUCAUCAGCAGCAAGUGCCGAUCGGCGAACAACGGAGUCCAACUCACAGUCAAUCGGUGAUCAAAUCGCCCGGCACGCCGCUGGUCUUCGAGUUUCCGCCCGAGUACUACCCGGAGACGCCCAACACGAACUUCGACUUCGACGAGUUUGGGCGCGCCGGCGAGCACGAGCAGCAGCGCGCGCCCAAGAGUCCCAAUUAUUACUCUCGCGCGACGGGCCCGCCGCGGAGCCCCAAGACUCCGAACAGCGAGAUCCUGCACUCGCCCGGCCGCAAGUCGCCCAUCUUCCAAUUCUGCGAGCCGCGCAAGCAGAGUCUGAAGCAAAUCACCAACUACCCGACGUCGGUGAUGAGCGAUCGAAGUAGAUCGGUCAAUUCGUCGUCGUCGUCUAGUUACGGUCCGAGAAGCCCGAAGCCCUUCGAUCGGCGAAGAAGCUCCUGCUUCAGCCAGUCGAGCUUGAAAAGUCCCAUGUCACCGACGAUAGUAACUCCGACGUCACACGAUGCGAUCAGUCCGACGUCGGAUCGAAAUUCCGAACUGGAUCAGAAAGCUGCCGGCAGGGAAAGCGGGACUUACAAGAGCAACGGCUCGAGCAAGACAGCUUCUUUGGAAGGUCCUCCCGGUAUGCAAGAGAAAACCGCUGAAGGAACCGGCGAAAGACAGAGGGGUGUAAAAAUGAGCGGGCAUGUACACAAGAGUCAAGGAUGCCUGGAUGAGGCUGGCAGAGGUUCGAAAGCGUCGAACGCGAAUUCGAGACACGGGAAGGGCGAGAAGAACAUGUCGCGACGAUCAACCAGCGAUCUAACAGAUAUGAACGAUGCCGACACCGAGAUCACUCUACUAUCCAGUCCUAGAAGGAGAGGCUCCAUGAAGGGCGGCCUCGCAUAUUUGGCGUCGAGGCGUAGCUCUCGUGACAGUCAAUGCUCCAACAUGUCCAACAUCACCAACGAAGACGUGGGCCCGUUAAAUUUCAGCGCACAUCCACGCGGCCGUCAACGAAGGACUUCGAAUUUUCUCGAGCUGCCGGUGCCAGAUCACAUACGACCGCGUGUGCACAGUCUACCGGAAAAGGCGUACAAUCCCCGGGCCAGCGACGAUUUGUACAGACUUAGAGCGUUCAGCAUCACUCACAAGGGUGUCGUCAAUCGGGGUGAUUCUAUUCUUUCCAGACGCAGUAGGAGCAACACCUCCGUCAACAGUAGCAGAAAUAGCAAUGUGUCGGGUGAAAGAUCGCCAUUUGAAGGAUCUUGUUGCAGCGGGCAAGGCGCUAGCACCGACAGCGACAAUGAGGAAAGCAUUUCAAAGUAUAGAGUUGUCUUGCUGGGAGACUCCGGAGUGGGAAAGACGGCACUAGUCUCGCAGUUUAUGACGAGCGAAUACAUGAACACGUAUGACGCUAGUCUAGACGAUGAGUUCGGCGAGAAAACGGUUUCCAUUUUGUUAGAUGGCGAAGAAUCGGAUAUGAUCUUUAUCGACCAUCCGCAUGUGGAAAUGAGCGUUGAAAAUUCUUUGUCAACGUACGAGCCACAUGCCUGCAUCGUGGUUUACUCGAUCGUUUCACGUACAAGUUUCCAAGUGGCUGAAGAGAUACUAAACUACUUGUGGCAAGAACACUAUACUCAGGAACAUACGGUCAUUGUCGUCGGCAACAAGGCCGAUCUCGCAAGAAGUCGGACAAUUUCGGCAAACGAAGGGAAGCAAUUGGCCACAUCGCGCGAGUGCAAAUUUAUCGAGACGUCCAGCGGGCUCAAGCAUAACGUGGACGAGCUCUUGGUUGGCGUUCUGAAGCAAAUUCGUCUGAGGGAAACCCGUGAAAAGAAGCUACGACGACAGAGUAGCAAAGGUAAAUUGCUGUCGAAACUGCACAACAGCAAGACCGUUCUGAGUCUGAAUCUCGCCAGAGAAAUUCUCAACAAGAUGUGUCUGAACGACAGCAAGAGCAAGAGUUGCGAAAACUUACACGUACUGUGAAAUAUCGCGACGGAGCGGGAAAGGGGCGAAAAGAAUGCGCGGCGGAUCCUUUUUAUGAUCGAGAAUCGUUUCUCAAGCGGGCAGAGACAGUAAAAUCGAUCGGGAAAGUAAACGGCUGCGAGGAUUGCACGACAUUUUCAUUUCUUCUCAUCUACAUGGAUAUCAUGGAGCCGCCGUUAACUCGGCCGAGACCUUUCCUGCGGGGUCGUAACGAUUUUACGACUCGCGCACUGAUUACGGCAUUCCCGGUAUAAGCAGCCGUUGUUACUACCUACGUGUUCCAUGUUCAUCGCUCGUCGCCCUGUUCAUACUUUUGUUUCUGCAACGCGUUCGCGCAACAACUCUGACAUUAUCCGAUGCAUCUCCGUCGCGACAGUAGAGCGCCACACACAGUUCGUACUGUUUUAAAAUAUACGCGAAACUUUACUCCGAGCGCCAUUAAUUUCUUUAUAAUUCCAUUAACCACAUUAGCGAACGUUAAAGUGAGAUAACGAACGCGAAGAGACACCAGCAAAUAUAUACAGUGUAUUUUCUCGUUUUUCUAAACAUUGCGCAGAGAAAGUUAAGCCUAACAUUAUCGAGGCAAUGUGUGUGAAAUCGAACUGACUACACAAAGUAAUAUCACAUUUUGUAGCAGCAAAAUUUCAUUUUGUAGGAUUAGUUUCUGUUGGGAUUUAAUUUUUCUUUAGAUUGCCUUUUUUUUUAUCUAAUAUUAUUUCUUGCGGUAGAACAGCCUAAUUUAGUAAAUUGUAAAUUAAAGUUUAAGCCUCCGUAAAACUUGCUUGAUCAAUCCCCUGGGAACGUAGCUCGAUGGGGAAAAGGCCACAGUUGGAUAUACCUGAUUAAAGGAUUAAGACUCCUCUACGGUUCAACGGUUCAAUCUUCGCCGUCGUGCACGUUUCUUCGUCGUUUUCUCUUCCCGUACGUGCUCAUAUAGUUAAAAAUCCGCGAGAGAUAGGUAAGAAUGAAUUGAGCACAAAGUUGAUACCGAUCCUCAAUAUACGUUAUUACAGGAAGGUUUGCAGUGUACGUAUAUAUGCGUGUAAGUGUGUGUGUGUGUGUCUGUGCGUGUGCGUGGGUGUGUCUGCACGCGAGCUUGAAAUUAGAAUUUAAGAUUAACGAUCUUAAGCUGAAUCUCUUUCGUUCGGACGCGAGAUGAAUGGUGGCGCAGGUAAAUCUGGCGCGCCGUCUGUCUGCAAUGCAGCGAUUUGAUUAUUUAUUAGAUCCUAAUGAGUCACAUGUGCGCGCGGUCCCACGCGUUACUCCACGGUGAGAUUAGCGCUUACCGUGCGGUGUUCCGAUAAUUACAUUUCAUGAAUAAAGCCGGCUUUGAACGAUGCGAUCGCUCGCUGACCGAAUAUUCCAAACUUACUCUCUAAACUCACCUGCAAAACGAGACUGCUGUGUAAUAAAACAAAGUUACUCUAGAAGAUUAGAUCUAAUCUAUUUUAAUUUAGGUAAUAUAAUAUAAUUGAUGGCUGAAUUUUCGGACUGAUAAUUUAUCAUAUCUCAAUUUCGUUGUAACGAUGUCUCAUUCGGUAGAUACGAAAUAAUUGUAGGACAUGAGGACAUUUACAUGAGGAUUACAAUGAUAUCUAACUUAAAAUAUAUAAUCACCUAUGUCAGUAUUUUGUAUAAAGACGCAAGUAUCGAGAUGGUUUCUCUGUAGAAAAAAAAUUUAUUUAAUAACUGUUGAUGCAACAAUGGAGGAUAUGUCUAAAAAAUUAAUUUCCAUAAAAGUUCGUCAAGUCGAACGUACACAUUGAAUUCUAAUUUGGUGAAUAUUUGGCAAAUGAAUGUAUCAUGUGAAAUCGAUGUACUAAUAUUCGUAAUUAUAACAUCGACGAUCGCAACUGUUACGCAAUUUUCUGAUAUUUAUGCAUGUUAUUGUUUGUCGAAUAUUAUGGAUCGCAAAAUAAAUGUGGAAUAGAGAAAUAAAGAAUUUUAAUAAUAGUAAGCGAUUUUUAUAACGAUUACUUUAUUCACUGUUCAAUUUGAUUUUUAACUGGAAAAUGUCUCUUAUUUGCAUUUCAAUGUUGAUUUGAAUUUAUAUGAGGAUUAUAAUGAUAUCUAACUCAAAGUAUAUAAUCAAUUAUGUCAGUAUUUUGUAAAAAGACACAAGUAUCGAAGACAUUUCUAUAUAAAAAAAAAAAUACUCUUGUCCGUCAUAAUCAAUUAUGUAUGUAAGUGAUAAAGAAAUAGUUAAAUGACUUCAUUGUUACUAGUAACAUUAUGCGAUCGCUCGCGAUCCGAUAAAAUGAAUUGUUCGAUCUAUAAAUUACACUAUAUAUAUUAUUCCACUGCACUGGACGCAGGACUCGUCCAAUUGCGACGCUGGUCGUCUUCCCACUUUAUAAAAUGUAAUCUAUAUUGUAAUAUGCGGCACAGAAAUAUGUUUCAUAAAAAAUAAAAUAAUGCUCGUCAAUGGCAAUGUGUUUAAUGGCGCAAAGUAAAAGUUACGCUUAACACUUUCGCUACAUUAUCUUCUAAUUUACUGCAGUUAUCUAAAUUUCUCGUCUAUAUACAAGUGUAUAUUAUAGCUACGGCCCAGAUACGAACAGCUAACUGGAGUUAGUUACCUAACUGAAGUUGUAACAUUGUUCGUGUAACAUCUAAAGUGCUGUUUGUAUUUUGUCAAUGCACUAACGUUGCUACAGGUAUCAGUUAACGUGAUAGCCAUUACAAUCGAUUGCUAUAAUAGAGAAUAAAAUUGAUUGCAAUACAAAUAAUUCGUAAAUUAUCAGAAAAAAAUGUAUUUUAUUAGUUUUUUUUUCCAAUGCAUUAUUAUAAGUUACUCGAUCACUUAGUCAUUUAUUAUUAGACGUUGAGUUGCGAUUAAUCAAUUGUCAUAAUGUUUUUCAGCAGUGAAAGAAUUAAGUGUCACUUUGACUUUCAAUGAAUAUAUCAGCUGAUGUGAAUGCAUGUUAAUGAUAUUCUAUAAAGUAUGUACAUUUCAUCUUUUUUCCUUCCAUCUUUAUUUGCCUGACAUUUUUCUGAAUAAUUGGUAAAUGUUAUCUCCAUUAUUGUAAUAAGAUGUAAAACAAUGGCAAGUUCUUAUUGUUGUUAGAAUUCCGAAGGAAUCGUUCGAUAUGUGGAGAAAGAGUAUAAUGUUUAAGACUUUCUUUCAUAAUUCGUCAUUAAGAAUUGCUCAGAAUAUUGUAUUUCAUGAAAUAUUCCAACUCGCCAAAUUCAUCUAUUGGAUCUCUCUACCUGCAUGCAAAAAUAUGCAAAAAUAUGAAUUUACAGGUUUAGAAUAUUUCACUUGCAGAGCGAUAUAAAUAUUGCGGCGUCGCUUUUUUUUUCUUCCUCUCAAAAUAAUCAUAUAUCUAAGAUAUUUUUAUCGUUUGCCACACGCUUGUUGUCGGAAAACAAUGCGUUCAAGUAGACGCGGCCUAAAAUCAUAUAAACUUGGAGACCGAUGUGUCUCUCUGAUGAGCACAUACCUAAAUAUACGUAUAUAUCUACGAACGUCACGAUUAUCAUCAGCGCAAAUAUUACUUAGAGAUAAGCGUAAUCUAUAACUUAUAUCUAUAUCUGCGUCGCGAUAAUGCGAUCGAAGAGUUAUAUUGUGAAACGAUUAUACAUAUCGGUCCAACCGGUUAUUCUAAUGAUUCUAUCAAAAACCUUUUCAAAUUCGGUAUAUAUUCGGAUGUAAUUACAAUCCGAUGUAUGUGCGAGUGUUGUGACAAAAUGAAAACGCAUGAUUUCUGCUCCGGACUUAAAUGUUCUAUUGCGUGUCUUUCUUUUUGUGAAUUAUAAUCAUCCUAUCAUAAGCGAUCAGCAUAAGAUAUUGAUCCACGGCUUCAAUAUUGCCUGAUAGAAGCCUGUCACAAAGCCGGUAAAACAGGAUGGUUUCUGUCAAAAUGGCCGAGUAUUCGUGGACGGUUAAAUUCUGAUCGGUGUUAGAAAUUACCCAGGUGUGUGAAUUAAUCAUUUGCAGUGCGCAACUAACGCGUGAGCUCAUUUUGCUAAAAGC